CCUGGUCCGAGCCGCCAUGGAGGGGGACGUCCCCGACGCUGCAGCCGCGCAGUACCAGCCCGCCAGCCCCCCGCGGGACGCCUGUGUCUACAACAGCUGCUACUGUGAAGAAAAUAUUUGGAAGCUCUGUGAAUACAUCAAGAACCAUAACCAGUACCCUUUAGAAGAAUGUUACGCUGUCUUCAUAUCUAAUGAGAGGAAGAUGAUACCUAUCUGGAAGCAGCAGGCAAGACCUGGAGAUGGACCUGUGAUCUGGGAUUACCAUGUUGUCUUGCUGCAUGUUUCAAGCAGAGGACAGAGCUUCAUUUAUGAUCUUGACACUGUCCUGCCAUUUCCCUGUCCCUUUGAUGCUUAUGUGGAAGAUGCCUUUAAGUCUGAUGAGGAUAUCCAUCCACAGUUUAGAAGUUCUGGAUUUCAUCUGAUCCUUUCUCAUGGCUUCUUUAACAGGAAAUUUAGAGUUAUCCGUGCAGAUUCUUAUUUGAAGAAUUUUGCUUCUGACCGAUCUCACAUGAAAGAUUCCAGUGGGAACUGGAGAGAGCCUCCUCCAUCAUAUCCCUGCAUUCAAACUGGAGAUUCCAAAAUGAACCUGAAUGACUUUAUCAGUAUGGAUCCUGAGGUAGGGUGGGGAGCCGUUUACUCCCUGUCUGAAUUUGUGCAUCGUUUUGGCAGUCAAAACUACUGAACUUGACAUCUGGAUCCAGAGCCGUGGCGCAGUGCUGGGACGUGAACAGUAAACUUCAUGGUACAUUUGGUUUGGAAUUGUGUUUUCCUCUUUUAAUUCAAUUUAUUUGAAACAUGAAUGAACAAAAAAAUAAAAACAUCUUUUUUAUAUGUCAGGUUGAAACUUGAUAUAGUGUAUAUUUGCCAAGAUGGUCCUACAGCUCAUUUGUUAAAAUGUGAUGAAUUAUGCCAGUAAUUGCUUUUGUUGUGAUUGAUGUGUAGACUUUGUGUCUGUUCUGGGUGUUUCGUUUUUCUCUAGCUACACUGUAAGCUCCUGGAGGGCAGGGCUGUGGCUCAUUGCACAGUGAAUCUCUAAUACCCAUAAAAGGUGGCCAUACGAUGUUUGCUAGUGAUUGUGUUGCUGCUUGAAGAGGGCUGAUAUUGUGAGCUGAAUCAGCAGUAAGUAUUAGUCUUUUUGGACUAUUAAGUUCUUUAAAAGGAUUGCAGCCCUCUCAGGCUUGAGUGUUGUUUGCCUAUUUGUAUGUUUUUUAAAAAAAAUAAAUAAAAUGGAUUUAAAAUUAA